UGCCGAAUUCUGUUCAUUUUCCUUACCACGCACUCUGCCAAUAAAACAGGUGUCGCCAAACGACCACAGUCCGCGGUGACUCAGAGUUCUCGGCGUUUGACGUGUCCAUCCUCGUAUCCAUCUGAACUGAAUACCUCAGUUCCUCUGAGAUCAGAACAUUCCAAAACUCUUGAUAGCACCUCCGCAGUUCAUCAACCGGACACCAACGUUGUAUCGCAGUCCACCACCCUGGCAGGUGAAAGACCACCCCCGGGUCGUAACACCAGUCCAAACGGGAGUUUAAAAGUGACCUCGUGGGAUGCAUUGCCCAUAUUUUGUGUACAUUUAAAACAAUUUGAUUUGAAUUUGUACAUGGGCAGUGCGAUGGGUCUGACCAGGAUGACGAUAGAUAAUCUGUUCUGCGACGGUCGUGCUUCGAUUCACUCCAGUGGUCGAAAGAAUACCAUGCUUUGUGCUGGUCUCGGCACGUGUCAGUUCACCAGCGAAGGUGGAGGUGUUGGUGGCGAAUUCUGUCUUCUAGACAGUAAUGUACUGCUGCGUCUGGACGACGAUCCAUCACGUGAUCCGGAGCACAAUUUAGACUGCCGAAUCCGUGGCUUCCAGUUGCGUGUGGAAUACAUGAGUACAAACAUUCUUCUCCUACGUCUCAAUUCUCUCAGUUUGCACUUGCAAGAUGAGUGGAAGUUGCGAGAUGUGAUGAGGCAACAGAUGAUUUCAAACCGUCCCCCUUCGGGCGGAUCAGAUCAUUCUACUCGACCGGCUAUCACCACAAUCAGUUCUUUGCCACAAACGGUUGGAUUCGAGCAGUCGGAAUUGGGUACCUUUGAACCAUUGGAGGCAGAUAUUGGUGUUCCACCGGUUUACACCGCAAUUGUGCGCACAACUACUCCAGACCUGAUGCGUGCUGUCCUCAAAGUUCGUGAAUACUUCGAGGAACAGGUCCGCGAAGGCCGUAUGUCCUUGAUCGGACAAAGUGGAUCUUUCGGUCUGUUCUCGACCAAUGCUCGUGAUCAGCGCAUGACAACAAGCCAGUGGCCCGGAUGGCAUAUGCCCAGAUCUCUGCUAAGUGGAUCGGAGAAAGAACCGACUGAAUUGACGGAGACGGAGAAGCAAAUCAUUGAUAAACUACUCCAGCGUCAUUGGCAAGGUUUAUACGAGGCAGUUAAAACGUACGCGUAUGAGCACUUGGGUUUGACACUGGGCAUGAUGCAAGACGAAGAUACGCUGACGGGUGCUGACGAAAAGUAUCCCGUUCUCGGUGGUUCAUUCCAGCUAUCUGGUCGGUCUCUUGGGAUUGCGUGCUUUGCAGGCAGCUUUCGGUCUGCACCGGACUGGGCCAUUUUCAAUAUCCAGUAUCCAACAGCGUGUUUUGAAACUGAGGCUCAACGUGAGGCUCCCGUGAUCCAAACCACAACGACAACAACACCUGGUGUUGUACCCGAUCCCAGUGAAGCUGACGGUUGGGUCAAUUUUCCCAUUCAGUUCCCGCCGACACUUCCCGCGACCGCUUCACAUCCAUUUAUGGAUGUCUUAACAGCGCCGACUCGCUCCCAAGCACCACAUAGACGUCCAUCUGAUCCUAGUGAACUCGUUCCUCCGGACCUGACUGCUGCCUCAACUAACACUGAUGACCCGUGUGCUGCACGACCAUGGAGAUAUAGACUCUCUGGAACGACCACAAGGAAAUCCAGUGCAGUAGUUGUGGCUACGGUCACAUGUGGCAAUGUAAGCUCACCAGUUGGAGCAACCACAACCACCGUCACGACCGCCACUUCUUCUCACGCAGACUUACUAUCAGAUGCUGCCGUGGGACAGAAUAAUAUGUCCGUUGCAACCGCACCAAGUCACGUGGACUCGGCACAUGUUCAAUCCGUUCCGGUACGAUCUAACCCGCUGAGGCCACCAACGGAUGCCGAGAUUCUGUUUGUCUUACCUUCGAUUUCCUUACGAAUCACAUCAGACCAACGGCAAACAAUGGCUCAGCCUAGUCUAUCUACUGUUCCGUUUAUUCAAGUGUCGGUCACCACAGGAGCCGGUGAAACACAAGAACCAGCCGAAUCCGAGCCAUCUCACUCAGAACCGCCCACCGCUAGCGGUUCAGGCACCGAAUCCGUAUCUAAAAGCUCAAGACUAUGGAUUUACGGUAGUCGUGAUCCGUCUGCCACUAGAGGCUCCGGUUCAGGGAAUCAAGCAAACACGCCAUCCGCCACGUCUCAUUCGUUUGCACCCUCGGUAAAAAUUAGCUUUCAGACUGAUUUCCACGGUUUUGUGCAAUUGGGCCUGAUUGAUGUCCCCUGGUUGCCGACAUUGAUCAAUUCCUAUUUGAACGAGCGACUUCAAGAAUAUGAAUUUUCAUCAAUGGCCUCCGCAAGCAAUCAAAGUACCAAUGAUAUCCACAGGACAUUCGGAAUGAGUCAUGUGUCUAACGCUGUCGGUACCGAACUCACCGCGCGACUAAGACAGCUUGCUGGAACUAGUUCACCUUUGGUUCUAGACGCCCGCUCUUAUGAGAUUGUGCAUUGGUCACUCAGUCCGGAAUGCCGUUGGUUACUCGCAACGAGUAUUGGUGUGCCCGCUUUUGACCGUCUGCUGGAGAGCAUUGGUUUCCGCAAGGCCCGCAUCACUAUACCCAAGUGGCUCCAGCGUGGCGUUAUGGAUCAUUUAGAUCACGUGACGUCAAUUCUUUUACGCGCAAGUCUUCGUCUCAUCACGGACGAAUUCCGUGCCAGAGAUCAGCGAUCUGACGAUCCUCGAAUUAAUACCGAUAGACAGCCUACUGCGGAUUCGAACUCUGGUGCGGUGGCCAUAAAAGCUCAUGAAAUUGCGCCGGCCGUCAAGUCGAAGUUAUCAAUUUCACGUCCUUCUUUUACUUUGGCCACAGAUGAUGAUUAA